CUAACCGUCCCAACUGCGAGUCAGCGACGGCGACGCCCUCACGUUCCCAACGCACGCACCCCCGCGCCGGCGCCAAAACAACCCUCCCAGAAAGCCGAACCCUUCCGCUCCCUCGCGUCGCGUCGCGUGGCGUGGCGUAGCGUGCCGCAUCGCAUCGCAUCGUCGCGUGCGCCCUUCGCCCACCAUAGCCAGCCAGCUUGCCCCCGCCCCGCCCCGCCCCACCUCCGCUCCGCUUCGCUUGCCACCCCGUCCCAUCCAAACCCCGCAAAACCGCGACGAGGAGACCCGGCGCGGCACGGGGCGGAAGGAGCACGCCGCCGCGGGCGUUCCGGGCCACGCCGAGGGUUCCUGGUGCCUGCUUGAUCUGAAUGGCUGACCUGACCGACAUAGGCUGCUGUAGUUGUUUUGGCUUUUUAAGGAAGCCCAGGGUAUCUGUAAGUCGACCUCAGGAUGUUGAUGGCAUCCUAUCUGAAGAUCUGUUGAACCAUAAAUCUAUUGAAGAUCCUGAUGGAAGCUUCUACACCGGAGAUGACCCUGAUAGAAGCUUCUACGACAGGGAUGAUCUUGACAGAAGCUUUUGCAAUGGCGAUGACCCUGACAGAAGCUUCAAUGAUGGAGAUGAUCCUGAUCAUCUUUAUGGAAGUGAUGAUGGGCAGCCAAGGAAGAGAUCUGAAGAUAUUAUACUGGCAAGAGCUCAGAAUGGCUUUGCAUGUAGAGAAAGUCUAGUUAAGGAGACUAAAAAAGUAUUCCGCUCAGAGGAUGAAAAUGGCAGAAAGAUGGUCAACCAAUAUGUCCACUUGGGGAAGCUUGGUGCUGGAAGCUAUGGCAAAGUGGUUUUAUACCGAAGCAUGAAAGAUGGAAAGCGGUACGCAGUGAAGGUUUUGAAUAAAUCUUACAUGAUGAAAGUACGUGUUGUACGAUCAGAAACUGCCAUGACAGAUGUUCUUCGGGAAGUUUCAAUCAUGAAAAUGUUGGAUCAUCCCAAUAUAGUAAAUCUUAUUGAAGUGAUUGAUGACCCGAACGCAGAUAAAUUCUACAUGGUGCUCGAGUAUGUUGAAGACAAAAUGAUCUGUGGCGAUGGUUUAGGAGAAGCUACCUCCAAAAGUUACUUGCGUGACAUAAUCUCCGGUCUUAUGUAUCUUCAUUCUCAUAAUAUUAUUCAUGGUGAUAUUAAACCAGACAAUCUGUUGGUCACAAGCACUGGCAAUGUGAAGAUAGGGGAUUUCAGUGUUAGUCAAGUUUUUGAGGAUGAUGAUGAUUUGCUUUGGAGGUCUCCAGGCACUCCUGUUUUCACUGCACCGGAGUGCUGUCAAGGUUCAGCCUACCAUGGUCGGGCAUCUGAUACAUGGGCAGUUGGUGUUACUCUAUAUUAUAUGAUUUCUGGUCACUAUCCAUUUCUAGGAGAUACCUUGCAGGAAACUUAUGAUAAGAUUGUCAAUGAUCCGGUGCAAAUACCAGACAACAUGAACCCCCAACUUGCUGAUUUGCUGGAAAGGCUUCUUUGCAAAGAUCCAGCAAAUCGUAUCACCCUGCAGGCUGUAGCUGAGCAUCCUUGGGUUGCUGGGGACCAGGGGCCUGUUGUUGAAUACUUCUGCAGAUGUGGAUUUGGCCGGAGAAAGCGAGCUGAUUUACCGGGAGAUGUACAAUAGCAGAUCCUUAUUCACAGUUUAUCAUCCGAUGGUUUACAGUAGAUAGGCGAUAGUGUGUGGCAAAGCAAGAAAAUGAGAUGACUGACGAACCGUGUUACUUUUUUUUUGUGUGUUCUUUCUCCCUUUACCGAUUGACCUGUUGGUUCCUUGCCUCACCUCUGCAAAUUUUCGUGCUGAACCGAGGCGGGAGCUCGUGUUCCAUUUUUACUGUAGAUCAAUUUUGGCUGCUGAAACAUGUAAGCUUUUCAUUUGGUUGUUGAACCCAGUAUAGCAACCAUUCAUAGAAAAUAUAGUGCAAAAUUCUUUGUGAAGGCUGUAGCCCGUUCUGUCAAUUCAUGAGUAGGGAUGGGCGCGUGCCGAUCUGCGGGUGUCUAGCAAGAUUUAAUUCAUUCUUGUUGAACCGGAUUGGGUUAAGUGAUACCCAUAGGUCGGCCAGUGCAACCCCAUUGUUCAUGGCGAGUGAUGUCUAUUGUCCACAGAAAUUGCUGUAAGUUACUGCAUAUUUUCCGUGAGGAAGCGUACUGCAAUUACAGGCUAACAGCAUCUGACGGUGCAAUCGUGU